AUGCCCUCCGGGGUCUCUUCCACUGCAGUCUCUGUGCCGCCUUCGGCGCAUGGGGAAGGUAGUGGUCGUCCGUGGGCCGGCUGGGGUGAGUGCGGCGUGAAGGGGAGAGAGAGAGAGAGAGAGGAGGGAAUCCAGGGACGGGUUUAGUCAGGGUCGCCGAUGGGCCUGCUGAGGGGCCGGGCCGCUCGGUUCGCAUCCGCCUAGAUCGCCCGAGAGGUCGCUGGGGCCGGCGGUUCCCGGCCGGAGCCGCUAUGGACCUGCUGUCAGGGCGCUUCCGUGGGGUCUUUGUAUCCGCUGUGCAAGCAACCUUUGUGACCUUUCUCCAGAAGGAAAAGAAUUUCAGCUGUUGGGAGUGACCCAGACUCCGCCCCGCGUCCUCGCUUCUUCGGGGACCUGACUGAUUCUUAAGUUGCGCUGAAGUGAUCUUGGCAUCAAAUUUCUCAUCAGGCAAAUUUCAUCACUCUCCCAGGAUGGCAGCCAUUGAUCUGACCCACGAUCUUUCUAGAGAUCCUUUUUGUCUUCCUGAGGAAAACACAGAGGCAGAAAGGAUGGUGGCUGUCUGGCUGAAAAAUUAUCAACAGAUUGCAGUGACCUUUGAGGAUGUGGCAGUGGACUUCACCCAGGAGGAGUGGCUAUUACUGGACCUCACUCAGAGAAACCUAUACAGAAAUGUGAUGCUGGAGAACUAUCAGAACCUGGUCGCAGUAGGUAAGGCUGCCAACAUUCCAGAAUAUCAACUGUCAAAACCUAAGCUGAUCGCUUGGUUAGAACAACAAGAGCUGAGGACAGUGGAGAAGGGAGUUUUCCAAGAAUGGGAAACACAACCUCAAACAAAAGGGUCAGCAUCUCACCAGGAUUUUUUUGGAGGAAAAACAGCCACUGAAAUACAAAAAGAAAGGACCUACCAUGGAGCAGAACUCUCUGACUGUGAGCAAGGUGGAAAAGUCUUGAGUAAAUAUUUAAACCUUAAGACCCACAUGAGAACUCGAAAUAGAGGGAACAGUUUUGAGUGUAAUCAGUAUCACAAUGGCCUCCUUAAUCUGCAAAAGAAGAACUCUACUAGAGAGAAACUUUCUGAGUUUAAUCAGUGUGGGAAAGUCUUCAGCCGGACUCCACAUGCAGUGUAUGAGAGAACCAGUGUGGCAGAGAAGACUUUUGAAUGCAGUGACUGUGGGAAAAUGUUCAUUAGUCGUUCACACUUUCAGGCACAUAGGAGAACGCACAAUGGAAGAGAUUUCAGUGAAUGGAAGCAAUUUAUAAAAGCUUCAGUUUUCUCAGCAGGUCAGAAUGAGCAUGCGCAGACACACGCUGCUCAAGAACCCCAUGAAUGUAAACAAUGUGGGAAGUCUUAUGCAGAUUCCAGGUGCCUCAAUAAUCAUAUCAUUCGACUUCACACUGGAAGAAAACCCUUCGAAUGUAGUGAAUGUAGGAAAGCCUUCACUACAGCCUCACGCCUUUAUGUGCAUUUGAGGAUUCACACUGGAGAGAAACCCUAUCGAUGUAAAGAAUGUGGGAAACACUUCCAGUGGCCCUCACUCCUUCGUAAACAUGUGCGUACUCACAGUGGCGAGAAGCCCUAUAAAUGUAAGGAAUGUGGAAAAGCCGUCAGUCGUUCUUCAGUUCUUAAUGAACAUUUGAGAAUUCACACCGGAGAGAAGCCCUAUAAAUGUAAGGAAUGUGGGAAACACUUUGCUUGGCUGUCAGUUCUUCGUAAACAUGUUCAAACUCACAGUGGCGAGAAGCCCUAUAAAUGUAAGGAAUGUGGGAAGGCCCUCAGUAGUUCCUCAAUUCUUAAUGAACAUUUGAGAAUUCACACCGGAGAGAAGCCCUAUAAGUGUAAGGAGUGUGGGAAAGCCUUCACUAAUUCCUCACGACUUAGUGUACAUUUGAGAAUUCACACCGGAGAGAAACCCUAUCAAUGUAAGGAAUGUGGGAAAGCUUUCGUUUGGCCCUCAGUCCUUAAAAAACAUCUACGAACUCACAGUGGAGGGAAGCCCUUUGAAUGUGGUGAAUGUGAGAAAGCCUUCAGUAAUUCCUCAUAUCUAAAUGAACGUUUGAGACCUCAUAGUGGAGAGAAACCCUAUCAAUGUGGUGAAUGUGGGGAAGCCUUUAGGACUUUCUUAUAUUUUAAUAGCCAUUUGAGAAAUCACUCUCGAGAGUAGCCCUAUGAACGUAAGUACUGUGGGAAGGCUUUCACUAGUGCUCUCGUCCUGAUUUGACAUUUAAGCAUUCGCACUGGAGAGAAACCCUAUUAAAGUAAGGAGUAUGGGAAAGGCUUCAGUUGGUCUUCCAACCUUCAUAAACAUACAAUUCAAAGUAGAGAGCGAUCCUUUGAGUGUACGGACUGUGGGAAAGCCUUCACCACUUGCACACUUGGAAGUCACACUGGAGAUAAACCCUGUGAAUGUAAGCACUGAGGGAAAGCCUUCUCUGUUCCUCAGGCCAAUCUCAACAUGUAAAAAUUGAUACCAGAGAGCAACCCCUUGAACGUAAGGAAUGUGAGAGAGGCUUCACAUCGUAGUCAUGACUUGAUGCCUAAAAAUGCACAAUAGAUUGAAGACUUAUUGUGCGUAAUAAGUGUGACAAGGACUGUUACUCCAGACCAUUUCAAAAACAAAAGAAGCCACGUUGGAGGGAAACCGUAUGAGUAUGAGGAAUGUGGAAAGGUCUGCAGGUGUCCCAGUACAUGAAAGAACUCACUAGUUAGAUGCCUAUGAAGUUAAACAAUGUGGGAAAGCAGAGUCUUCUACAAACGGUGCUGGAGGAACAUAGUGAAGUUGUGUUUAAGAGCCAUAUGGGACUUAGCUUACAGGCUGGCUUCAUAGAUCUGUUUUGAACAUGUGCCACUCUGCCCUGAGCAUUUUUGGGAAUGCUCUGGCUUUCUGCCCAAUAGCAAUGAAUCUAGUCCAGUCUAGUUUCUAUACCUGGUUUGCAGCCUGGCCCCCUGUGGGACUACUACCAUUAGACUUAAUGUUAUACAAGCCACCUGGAUCCUCUAGGUAUACUGACUUUGUCUAAUACUGUGAAGAUGGUGAACAUGUGAGUCCGUUCACUGCUCACGGAGUUCAUCUACAGUGCCUCAUGCUGGUGAAGGGGGAGGAUAUAGGUCUCUACAUUUCCUGAAAAUGCUCUUGUUUCUCUCUCAUACCUGAUCUUUCUGGGUCAGAAAAGACUUUAGAAACGGUGAGGUUAUACACCCUGAUCUCAUAGCCCUGGAAAGAGAGCAACACGCCUAGUACUAGGUUAGAAAAUACCUUUAAUCUCAGGCAGUACAUGGAGAGGCUAGGAACAGAGAAUAUUGUCUUUGUUCCCAAAUCACCACAGCCUGGAAGAACAAUUAUGUCCUUUGCCUGUGUUCAGAAACAGCUGCACCUGGCAUGUGACGUGCUGGUUCGUUUACAUCACUUCGAAUGUAUGAGAUGGGAAACCUUGUGAAUAGGACAGGUCCUGAUACUCUGUUAUACUUGAUGCCCCACUGGCAGUUCUUGAAAGUGGCCUUUGGAUAGAGACAGAAUCCAUCAGAACCUUGUUUCAGUUUUGAGUUAACACAUUCAGAUACUUGUAACACUUGAGCAGCCUUUAGUUAUGUCAUGAGUGGCCUUGGAGGCUACAGCAGCUUACUGUCACUUCCCUUCUGGCUUAAUCAAAUCAGUGGAGUACACAGCAAAUCAAGUUUAAUGAUAACUCCUGAUCAGACAUGACCUGGAUAGGGGCACUGGGUGGCUCAGUCCGUUAAAUGUCCAGCUGUUGAUUUCAGCUCAGGUCUCGAUCUCAGGGUUGUGAGUUCAAGCCCUGCAUUGGCCUCCAGGCUGGGCGUGAAGCCUACUUAAAAAGAAGUGACCUGGGUACAUUCCUGUAUGUUUGUGUUUGAAGGAGACUGGGAGAUGAGGUGAUUCUCUUGAGUCUGGGUGUAGUCUUAACUGCACUCUGUGUAUCGCACUGUAUAUACACUGGCCUUAAGUGACAUUGAUUAUCUCAAAACCCACAAGUCCUAAUUCCAACAGUCUGAUACCCUCAUCAGUAACAUCUAUGUGUGUCAGUAACAAUGCUAGCUGACUUUUGUCUCACUGGGAUUCUCUUUUCAUACUCUCGGAUUGUCUCCUCCUUAAUAAGAAUGUCCUCUGCAUGGGGAAAUAUGAAGCAUUUUCCACCUGUGGGUCUCACUGCUCUGUGAUCUCCUUUUCCUAUGGGAGAAGCCUGGCAGUCUAGCUCAGUUCUGCUGGAACCAUUCUAACCGCAGAAGCUCGAUUACUUCAGUGAUGUGCACUGUGGUUACACCCAUACUGAACUCCUCAUCGACAGCCUGGGCAACAAGGAUGUAAUGGGGGUCCUGGGAAGACUUCUCUGCCUAGGAGAGAUGGUCCAUGAUGGGCCACUGGCCUCAGAACCAAGAGGACCUCGUCGACCCCAAAAGCAAAUAUUGUGAAUUUAAGUUUUCUGGUUAUUUUUCUCUUGUGAUAGAUAUGUUUAUUUUCCUCUAAUCCCAAAGCACCUAUGACUUGCUUCUAUUUAUCUUUGUAUUUGUUUCUCAGCAACAUCUUCAGUAACUACUUUGUUACCUUUCUCCCCUAAUUACAGCACCAAAUUUCUGUCUCGGUCAGAUUUCCUAUAGCCAUUCCUCAGAUGUCCAACAUUAGAUAAUGAAGCAUUCACAUCAAAUGUGGCAUGGUUUUCUCAAAAAUCGUCCUCUGAAAUGUCGAUGUUCACAUUCGUUUACUUGGGUGUGCUUUUUACAUAAGUGGAAUGAAAAGGGUAUUUCAGUUGUAAUUGAAGCGCUUGCCAUAUCAAAACUGUUCGUGCUGUUUUACAUGUAUAAUUUUAUGGAAUUAGGACAUUUCUUGGAGAUAUUUUCUCAUUUACCCCAUUUUUCACAAAAAGUUUGUGAUUGCAAUGGAUUCUACCCGGGACACACUGACAUGGUUUUGAACUUCCAGUGUAGGAAUCUAGAUUUGAAUGGUAGUUUGCUUAGGUGUUUUCUGUGCUAUAUUGCACAGGUAAGUCUGACAUAUUGCCUCAUUCUUUGCCUUCUGUCCUCUUUCUUUCAUUCCCUCUUUUCCUUUAUUAUCUUUGUUUAAUUGCACCUUUAUUUUCUGUUACUGCCAACACGACCCAGGUGGAAACUACUUUUCUCAGUGCAUGACUGGCAGCUGGUGGAGGGAAAUUAGAAUGAAAAAUGAAUGUUUCAUGGUAGAGUAUCCGUUUGGGAAUAUGAAAACAUCUGGAAAUGGAUAGUGGUAAUGGUUGCACAAAAACCAAUGCACUUGAUGCCAAAUGAAUAGAAUUGUACACCUAAGUGUUUAAAAUGGUGAAUUUUGUUACAUGUAUUUAUACACAAAAAAGUGACAAAAUAAUGGAAAGAGAUUGUGAGAUUUCUGGUAUCUUUAAUCCCAUAAUGUAAUUGACGAUUGCUAGGAGUUUUUAGAGAAAUGUUUUAAUAUUAGCCCUCAACAGUCUAGACCACAAAGGAAUCCAGAAGGACUUGUGUCCAUCUGGUUCCUGGAGGUGGGCCUGCUCACUUUGGUCUCCCUGCCGAUCUUGAAGCAGCCCACAACCCAGGUGCAGACACUGAGCCAUGAAGUAGGAGGAAUCCUGUUCACCCAGGGGAAGACUUGCCCAUCGGUGCCCUGAGGCAGGCCUACAGAACUUGGGUCAUGGAUGUGGACCCUAAGUGAGCCUUGUGACUUGGUGCCAGUCCCUCUCCGUUGUGGUCUGGGGCCAUUUAUGCCUGCUAAGUGACAUGUUGGGAGCCCUACCUAGCCACAAAACCAGAAAUUAAUACUGCUGUCUUUGGACCCUGAAUUGAUCCCUUAUCCUAGUCUCAGCCCUACUGACCAGGGUCCUGGAGUGAUACCCUUUCUGACCAGGGUCAAGACAAGGUCAGUUUCCCUGGUAACAGGAUUGUGUACCAUAGACUCCACUGCAAACCUGGCAGCAGCCAGGUCUGGCCUCAGUCCCACUUGACUGAUUCUAGAGGCAAAACCCAUCAGUCCAGGGACCUGACAUGAGACCGUUUUUAUCCAUGAAAACAGUCUAUACAGUCUGAAAGAGAUGUUUGUUCCUUCAGUUACAGAGACAUGUAUGAAAGCCCAGUUGCCUGCAGACAUGGCCAGCAAGCCAUUAAGUAGCCUAAGUUGAGCUGACAGAUGAAGGACUUUUCUGUACUGAUGUGACACUGUAAAGACUGGAAGAGUGGUUACUCAAAUGUGUAGAUAUAAAGGCAAUGAUCACAAGAAUUAGGUAAAUAUGAGAUCACCAAUGCAAGUACCUCAAGCUGAGCACCUACAGUGGUAGACGCAACAAACAUUACCAACCUUCACAUAUUUACCACUAAAUAUUAAGACUUUCAUAACACUACUAUAAUCAAAACUGUGAUGAGCACAAGUAAAUGCAAUACUAGUGCAGAAGCAUCUAGAGACUGAUACAGGAAUUUAUUAAUAAAGUUAGAAUUUCGUAUCUAGGUAAAAAAUAGUUUAUAAUUGGUACUGAAUUAGUUGGCCAUCUUUUCUGGGUAAAAGAAGGGAUUGGAUCCACUACCCCACCCCACGUGUUAAAAUAUAUCCUAUGAGGAUUAAAGAGCUCAGUGCUUUUAGAUGGAUUAUAUUUAAGAAGCAAACUAUAAAAUCUAUAUUUGAGUUUGAAAGGACUUUUUAAAGCAAGUUAGGACAUCCAGAUACAAUUUUUAUUUUAUUUUUUUAAAAUUUGAGAUAGAGCACACAUGGGGUGGAGGAGCAGAGGGAGAGUCCCAAGCAGACUCUCUGCUGAAUGCAGAGUCAACUCAGAGCUCGAUCCCACGACCCUAAGAUCAGGACCUGAGUUGAGACCAAGAAUCGGAUGGCCAACUGCGCCACCCAGGUGCCCCUCCAGAUACAAUUUUUAAAAACACUUAGACAUAAAAAAGGAUUUGUGCAGUAAAACAUGAAACACUAAUGUAGCAAAAUAGAUAUCGAUACAGUAGAUGCAUAUAAAACUUUUAAUGAUGCCCAUGAACAAGUCUUGAUGAAAUAUGUUUUAAAUCAGCGUUUUAGGGGCUCCUGGGUGGCUCAGUUUAAGUGUCUGACUUGGGCUCAGGUCAUUAUCCCAGGAUCCUGGCAUUGAGUCCCACACUGGGCUCCCUGCUCAGCCA